AUGUAUAUUUAAUGUUCUGGAGGCAUUUGUUUUAAGCAUUAAGGGAGUGUUUAAAGUAACCUAAAAUGUGGAAAGUGUCGAAACCAAUGGGAAAUAGAUAUGCUUUCAACAUUGGCGGUAAGAAUUGUAGCGGAGAGAGAUAAUCGUCGAUUUGUUUUUUUCCACAUAAUGUGAAUGUAUUGUGUAAAUAACACGGCAGAAUUAGUUUUAUUGCCUUUUAACGUUUUUGUACUUUUGUGGGAGAUACGGUCGUCUGUGUGAAUCAGUGAAUCAUUUUAUUGUAUGUUAAGAGAUGAAUGUGUGUUUUCAAAACUGCUGCUUUCAAAACAAAACCGUGGGAUUUGUUCGUGUUUACAAAUGUCACAGAGCGGAUCUGAGAGUGACAUAUGGGACUAUAAACCACUUAAAAAGACUAAAAGAAAAUCCAACGUGUCCGGCGAACGUGGGACAAAAAGGAAAAAGGACAAAUCAUCUGUGCAAAACAUAAACGAAAAAGUCAACAGUGUUCAAACACACAAUGAUUUAGACCAAAAUAUAAACAGUUGCCUCAGUAUCUCAGGAAUAAAUGGGAGAUCAAACCAAGAACCAAUCUCAAACACUCGGGCUGCGCAUCACGAGACACCUCAGGGUGCUCAGGAUAAACAACAGGAGUCUGGAGGAUUCUGUCCUGUGUGCCAAAUGCCAUUCUCCAUCCUGGUGGUUCAGUCUCAACAAUGGCAUGUUGCAGAAUGCUUAGACACCCCAGGAGAAGAAUGUAGAGAAUGUCCAGAUGGUCUACAGUGCACAUCCACCAUCCCCAAACACUACAAGAGGUACAGCCACUCUUUGCUUGCUCACAGUCGAGCUCUGAACGACAACGUUAGUACCCAGCGUACCCAAAGUUUCCCGGUCAGGGAUUCCUCAGACUUGGGCUUUAAGUCUGUUAGUAAUGUUGCUCCUGCCUUUAGUACGGAGAGCUCUGUGGACAGCGCUGUGAACAUAUCCACCUUUUCCAGCCAAAGUUCUUCUCCUGGUGAAGAAUUAAAUGGAACUCCCACCAAGACUAACGCCCUGCUCUUCUUGCGCUCUCCUAAUGCUGAAGAUAUUAAGAAAAAGAAAGGCUGGUCUCCUUCCACCAACAGAUCACAAUCCCAGAGUUCAUCACAGGAGACCAGAAUGAAGGUCUCAACUCCAGUUAAUCCACAUCAUGAUCAGAAACAGUCAGAUGAAGUUAAACAGGAGUUUAGUGCUGAUGAUUAUAUCUCCUACUCUCCACUAUCUGAGCUUCCAGAUGUAGACGAGGAACAUGUGGCCCAAAAAACAAAUAAAAAGCUAAUGUUUCACAAUACUGUAUUACAUGUUGAUAAAAAAGAAGUUGAGGAUGAUAAUGAUUCUCUGCAAUUAUUUGAUGAUGAAGAUGAUGAGAUGUUCGUUGACAUCCUGGACCAAUAUGAGACUAACAGCCAGGAACAUGAGUCAAACAGAGACACCUGUGUGAAAUCCCAGACUUCAUUAACACCAGAUAAUCACUUGAUCACUUCCAGUUUCACAGGUGUUUCUGAUGGACCUCUUUUGCAGUCUACAACAACCCAAUUACAGUCGCCACAAAGUUUGGUAUUAGAGCGCCUUCGAGAACGUAUUUCUAGUCCUGCCGACGUCAACGGUUUAGGAUCAGCUUGUUUGGAAACUACCUCUGCUGCUUAUAUAAACCAAGAGUCGUCUUCCAGUCAGAAAGCUUUAUCCCUUACCCAGAAAACACUUUCCAUGACUCCUAGGAGAACCCAGUCUAAGGGAGGUCCCCCUGGAUUGAAACAAACAGACAUUGGGGUGUUUUUUGGCCUUAAGCCAUUGAUUGUAAAAAAGGCUGAAGAGGAUGCGAAUGAUACAACUGGGGAAACCAAACAGAUAGGAUUCAGGCGGGCGAAAAUUGCGGAAGCUAAUGGGCAAGAGGCAAAACGUCCGGGUAGACGACGGAAAAAUAACGAAGCGCCAUCUGAAGCGUCUAAUGUCUCUGCCGGAGAAGAUGGCACAGCUCAGCCCACGCAAACAGAAGGAGGAAGAGGAGGCAGGGCAGCGGGGCAUAAAAGAUGGAGCAGGGGAAGAGCGACAGAUGGAGAUCCUGAGGUGCCCAAGUGCUGUCCGUUCUACAAGAAAAUUCCUGGAACUGGUUUUGCUGUGGAUGCUUUUCAGUAUGGGGUUGUUGAAGGUGUCACAGCCUACUUUCUUACCCACUUCCACUCAGACCACUAUAUUGGCUUGAAGAAAACUUCAGUUUUCCCUAUCUACUGCAACAAAGUAACCGGUAACCUAGUGAAGAGCAAGCUAAAGGUAGAUGAGCAGUAUGUUCAUGUUCUCCCAAUGAACACACAGUGUACAGUGCAAGGGGUGAAGGUCACUCUUUUGGAUGCUAACCACUGUCCUGGGGCAGCCAUGUUGCUCUUUGUGCUGCCAGAUGGCCAGACUGUUCUCCACACAGGUGACUUCCGGGCUGAUCCGUCCAUGGAGCGCUACCCAGAGCUGCAGGGUCUCAGGAUCCAGAGUCUUUAUCUAGACACAACGUAUUGCAGUCCAGAAUACACCUUUCCCACUCAACAGGAAGUCAUCACUUUUGCGGUUAACACAGCCUUUGAAUGGGUCACGUUGAACCCCCGUACGCUCAUAGUGUGUGGCACCUAUGCAGUAGGGAAAGAGAAAGUCUUUCUGGGUGUGGCGGACGUGUUGGGAUCUAAGGUGUGUUUGUCCAGGGACAAGUAUAACACCAUGUGCUGCCUGGAGUCCGAGCUGAUUGGCCAGCGCAUUACAACAGACUGGCAUGCGGCACAAGUGCAUGUGCUGCCUAUGAUGCAGCUUAAUUUCAAAAACUUGCGGGCACACUUGAAAAAGUUCUCAGAGAAGUAUGAUCAGCUUGUGGCCUUCAAGCCCACGGGAUGGACCUUCGACCACAGUGUGAAAGUGGAAGACAUUCAGCCUCAAGCCCAGGGGAACAUCAGUAUCUACGGUAUUCCCUACAGCGAGCACAGCAGUUUUUUAGAGUUAAAGCGUUUUGUGCAAUGGCUGCGACCGAGAAAGAUCAUCCCUACAGUGAACGUGGGCAGUUGGAAGAGCAGGAAAGCAAUGGAAAGCUACUUCCAUGAGUGGCAGACAGAACCAAGAAACUUCAGCCUAGAGAAACCCAAGCUCUGAAACGAGGCAAUAAUGAAAACUGACCUCCGCAAUUAAACUUUUGACCAAACAGUCAAGCUGUGUGCUCAUCAACUGGACCAGUAUUACUCUGUGACCAUUUUAGCACACUAUGGGGCAGUUUCCUGGACGGGGUUUAGAUUAAUCCAGGACUAGAAAAACAUUACGGUUGUGCAUCUUGACACACAACAAUGGCAUUGAUUGUAUCUAUGUUAAGAAAUGUCAGUGCAAGAUGUUUUCAAAAUUAAGGCAGAUUGCACUUUAGUCUAGGACGAGCCCUGUCCGGGAAACAGCCCCAAAAUGUAAAGACCAUUUGAGAAGGUGGUAAAAAAGAUAAUCCAACCUUAUUAAAUGAUGAUUGUAGUAUGGUUUAUAUUGUUGCCAUUACUAAUGGCUUCCCUGUCUGUUUCUACUUUACCAACACCAUGUUUCUUGUUUUAAAGUUUGUUUUUUAC